AUGGCUCUUUAUCAUAUCCGCACAUUCCAGGAGAGAGUCCAGAAACCAGAGCUGGACUUGUUCUCCAGAGGCAUGACUGAGCAUGUCCAUGCCACCUUCCACCACAUGCUGAUGCUGCCUAGAACCCUACUGCUUGGGCCUGGGGUGCCUCUCUCCCUAUUUCUGGUCACUGGCUCUUUUAUCAUGUCCAGCCUCACUCUGCUCCUCUUCUUGUGGUUCCUUGCCAGAUACAUCUGGAAACAGUAUGUGGACGCAUCUUUGCACACUGACCUGGAAUAUAUCACUAAAUCCUACCUGAGUGUCCGUGACUCCUGCUUCUGGGUUGCUGAGUCUGGGGGGCAAGUGAUGGGCACUGUGUGUGCUCUGCCAGUGGAGAAUCCACCACUGGGGAAGAAGCAGUUGCAGCUGUUUCAUCUGUCAGUGAGCACGAAGCACCAAGGAGAGAGGAUAGCAAAAGCCUUGGUCAGGACCGUCCUCCAGUUUGCCCGGGACCAGGGCUAUGGUGAAGUUGUGCUUCAUACAACCAUGGUGCAGCACAGUGGCUUGGGCCUCUGUCAGGGCAUGGGCUUCCAAAAGACAGGCCAUUACUUUGUAAAUAUGCUCUGGAAGCUAAGAGAUAUCCCUGUAUUUCAUUUAAUCUACCAUCUCCCUUCUGCUCAGUAUGGGAGCCUGUAA